AUUGCUGUAUUAUCACCCAGGUUUCCCAUGAAUGUUUUUCAAUCCAAUAAGGUAAGUCUCAUUCUUUUGCAAAGACUGAUUGAUUAUUAUGUUGGGUUAUUUUGGGCACUACUUCCAAAACAAUUUUUUUAAAAAAAUUGCUUUAUGUCUCUAGGCGUGUAGAAUCAUCUUUAUGUCUCUAGGCAUGUAGCAACCUAACAGAGACCUUUGGUACAUCUCUAGGGAGCUCCCAAGCAGGAUGUAAUCCUAACCCUUUGUUUUUUAUCCCAGCAUUUGAAUUGCUGUCUCUGAACAAAGAGAUUCUACUUAACUGUCAUUCAUUGUACAGUCAUAAGUCAGUUUUUUCAGUGCUGUUGUAACUUUGAACAGUCUUUAAACGAAUGGCUGUUAUGUGGGGGCUACUUGUAAUAGUAAGUUCUGGUAGUGAGUGCCAAUAGAAAUGACAAGAGCAUGGUAUUAGCAUGCUUGGAAGAACCCUGCGAUUUACAAAUAUAUGUGUGUGGGUGAUGUGUAUGUAUAUAUAUUUUCUCCGGUAAAGACAAGUGAAAUUUGUAGGUUGUGGAUGAAAUGGUUGGAAUCUAUAAAGAAGCACUUCUGUUUUAAAAAUCAGGAUGCAACAUUUCAUUACAGGUCUUAUUAGUAAUGGCUGUAAUUCACUGGAACAAUUAUGCCUUUUAAAAUCAUGAAUGGCUAAGAGCCACCAUUUUGGCUCUGACUGGAGUUCCCAUGACUGAAAAUCCUGUUGCCCUAUACUUUUAAUUUCAGCUAUGAAUGUAUUAUUCUAUAAAAAGUGUAAGUUCUAGGACAAUUAGGUUCUCCAGCUAAUGGUAGUAAUGAUUUUUUUUCUGAAGUUUUUAUGCAACUGGGUACAUGUAGGCGGUCCAUGUUUCCAAAUGAUAGCACAUAUCUCACCUCCAUUUACCAUCUUGGCAUAUCAUUUAAGACAAACAUUGACAGACUGGAACAUGUCCAGAGGAGAGCUGUCAGCAUAAUGGAAAAGCUGGAACCAAGUCCUACAAGGAAUGGUUGAAAGGUUUGCGUAUAUAGUAUUUAAUCUGGGCAUGAGCUCAUGAUGAUUGGGGAAGGCAAUGGCAAACCACCCCACUAUCGUCUGCCAGGAAGUCAUCACAAAAGCGGCAUCCCCACAAAGGGUCAGACAUGACUCAGUGCUUGCACAGGGGACCUUUCACCUUUCACCUUUUUUAUGAGAUCAUGAAAAGAUAACAUGAUAGUUAUGCUCCAGUAUUUGAAAGGUCAUCAUGCAGAAGACAGGACAGGUUUGUUUUCUGUUGUGCCAGGAAGCAAAUUUAAAACUAGCAGGCAUAGAAAAUGUAGAGAUGCACAUUUCAGCAAAAUGUUAGGCAAAACAUUAAAACAACUGGAACUCUGAAUAGACAGCCUCAGACAGUAACGGGAUCUUCUUUAUCAGAGAUAUUUAAGGAUGGCCAGUCAUCUGCUGAAUGGUCAUCUGCCAGGGAUGUGGUCAAUUGCUGCAUGCAAGAAGAGACUGGAGACCCAAAGUUCCUUCCAAGCAUGUUGAAACUACCAUUUCAUGAUUCUAUGAUUGGUCAUGGGAUGUUGUGUUUUACUUCUGUAUUCAAAUAUUAACCCAUAUUUCUCAGUAUCUUUUACAACGUUGUUCUCUACAUACCAAGGUUUACCCAGUUGCAAAAAAGACUUCAGAAAGCAUUCAUUUCUAUCAUUCUGUGAGUAACUGGAGGAUCCAAUUGUUCUAGAACUCCUAACUGGCUCAGUUUAUUUUUGUGAGAACUGUCAAUGCAAUUUUACAGUGGAAUUAGCAUGGGAAUAUUGUGGAAUCUCCUUCCCUACUUAUUUGGCAGAGGAGGCUGGACUGGUUUCUGUUUGGGAUGCUUCAAGGCUAGUUCUCACACCCAAGGCUGUGUCCCGAUGGUAGCAGUAUAAAAGGAUGACUGGCAAGUAUGUACAGUCUGCCACAGAUACAGCCCUUUCUUUUAACCCAUCAGUGGGAGGGUGUAAGGAGGCUGGGAUAGAAUUGAACACAGACAUAAACAAUCAAGUGGGCAACUGGGCUGACAACUUGCCUCCUAAACAGUAACUUAGCCUAAGUGGAAAAAAUCAGGGAGGAAGCAUUUCAAAGCACUCAAAUAGACUCUGCCUUCACUAACUCAACAUAAAUGGGGGUAGAAAAUUCUUAUUACCAUUUCCAAGAAUCUGCAUUUUCACGUGAUGAGCAUUAAAGAUGCCUUACUGGGUAGCAAGAAUCUAUGUAGCUCCUGCUUAUUCGAUCCUGUCAAGUUGAGAGACGCUUGAGAUAAUCAAAGCUAGGACCUGUGACUACAUUUUGCACUAAUAAAUUUAAUUUUGAUUCCAGGCAUGAAUUGUAACAAUCAGGAUGUCCACAGGGGAAAAAGUCAAGAUGGUGACCACAAUGGUGCAAUCCAUGCUCUGCACAUACAAAAUGGACAGAGCUUUGAUCGCACCAUUGUAGAUGUCACCUUGACUUUACCACAUCUCAUGGACUCUCCCAUGGGAUCUACAGUUAAAUGUUUCCCUGUGAAAUCUAUCCUUUCAGGUUUAAACAAUGAACAGUCUUGACCAUGAGGCAUUCUGAACCUUUUGUUAUUUCCAUCUCUUUCUAUAACCUCCUUUUCCAGCCAUUCUACUCCCUUCUUUUCUCAGACAGGUGUCCAUCAUAUCUUUAAGGUCUGCCAGUGAAUCCUUCAAAAUAGUGAAAGUGACAUGAUCUAUCCAAAAUCAGAAGGAUUAGGUUAUUCAUUGGUGUAAUUCUAUUAGACAUUCUAUAUAUGAUUUACCAGUCAUGAAAUAACAAUAACAAUAUGAUGAUGAUGAUGAUGAUGAUGAUGAAAUCCAAAUGUUUUAUGGUAUACAAUUGUAUCUAAAUCUAUAAUGUGAAACAUGAUUAGUCUGGGAUCUAUAUAAGUUAUUGUAAAUGUAAUAUAUUACUACAUUAAAUUAUAUAUUUCUAAGUACCCAUCCUUUUUAGCUUGAUAUUUUUUAGCCAUGGAAAGAAACAACUUGAUAUGCAUUAUCCUUCUGAGCUUUGUAGUUGAAAAAGGGGUUGGAUGUAACUGUGAUAAUAUUCCAUGGAGUUCUUGGUCCACUUGCAGUUUUGGGACACAAAGCCGAAUCAGGGAAAAAGUGCAAGAUGACUAUUAUAAUCUGAUAUCUUGUAAACAAUUGUGCUUUUGGACUGACACUCGGCCUUGUAACCAGCAAGGAUCUCUCAACCCCAUCAACUGCCAACUUGGUGACUGGGAAGAGUGGUCAGAGUGUGACCCAUGUGUUAAAGAACAGUUCCGUGUCAGGUCUCUGCUACGCCCAUCUCAGUUUGGAGGUGAGGCCUCUUGUGGGCAGAUGGUAGAUCGCCGGCCCUGUUUCCCAGAAAAAUUAUGCAACAUAGAAGAAGUGAACUGUCAGAAUAAGUUUCACUGUGAUAAUGGACGUUGUAUUGCCAAGAAACUAGAAUGUAAUGGAGAAAAUGACUGUGGAGACAAUUCAGAUGAACAAAAUUGCCGGAGAAUAAAGCCGGUCUGCAGGACUAAAUUCGAAAGCAUACCCAGUGUGCAACUCAUGGGUCUUGGGUAUCAUAUCCUGGCUGGAGAAACCCGUGGAGAAAUCCUUGAUUAUUCAUUCAAUAAUGGGAGCUGCGUUCUGGUGAAAAGUGAAAACCAAAGGACUACGUUUCGUCUACCUGCUAACCUCGACAACAUCACUUUUGAGGUGAAAACUCAAGAAGAUGAUGUGAAAACAAGGUUCUACACCAGCUUAACAACCUUGGCCCGUUCUUAUGAAAAAACCUCAGAUUCUAUGUACGUUGGGAGAGGUACUUCUGGAAUCCCCUAUUUUUGGGGGUCGAUAUCAACCACAACAUCAACAUCAUCUUAUGAGUUCAAGCAAGCCGUUAAAGCAUCCCAAAAAAUGACAUCCAAUUAUAUUAGGAUCCAUAAGGUGAUUGCAGUUUCAAACUUCACAGUGAAAGAGCAAGAUCUGCAGCUCUCUGGGGUGUUCUUAAAGUCACUCAACAGCCUGCCUCUGGAGUACAACUAUGCCCUAUAUAGCCGGAUUUUUGAUGAUUUUGGGACACAUUAUUACACAACUGGUUUACUGGGAGCCAAAUAUGACCUUCUUUAUCAGUUUAGUGAGGAAGAAGCAAAAAAUUCAGGUUUAACAACAGAACAAAUGGAAAAUUGUGUGCGAACAGAGACGCAGAAAUAUGUUUUCUUCUUUAAGUCAACAGAACAUCAUGAGUAUUGCAGCAAAAAUAAGAUGACAGAACGCUAUGAAGGUUCCAUGUUGAAGUCAUCGGAACAGUCUAUUUCUCUGGUUAAGGGUGGACAGUCACGGUAUGCUGCAGCUCUAGCCUGGCAGAGAAAAGGCUCCCUGCCAGGUCACGAGAUCUUUACUGAGUGGUUGGAAUCAGCCAAAAACAAUCCAGUUGUGAUUGACUUUGAGGUUUCCCCCAUUGUGGAUUUGGUGAAGAACUUCCCAUGCUCCGCAACAAAGCGUUUUAAUCUCCGGAGGGCUUUUUCUGAAUAUUUGAGCAAAUAUGAUCCUUGUCGUUGUGCCCCAUGUCCCAAUAAUGCUCAAGCAGUGUUAUCUGAAACUGGAUGCCUCUGUGUGUGUAAGUCUGGAACAUACGGAAGUAACUGUGAACUGCGAGCACCUGACUACACAUCAGAUGCAGUAGAUGGCUACUGGAGUUGCUGGUCAGCAUGGAGUGCUUGUGAUGCAUCUUUUAAGAGAAAAAGAACUCGGCUGUGUAACAAUCCUGAGCCCAUGAAUGGAGGAAAACCUUGUAAAGGUGAAGCUGAAGAUGAGGAUCGGUGUUUCAUCUCAAUGUUUAAAAGCCAGGGUGCUACUUGUGUAAACGAUGAUGACUACACUGAAGAAGGCCGGAUAAAACAUACAUGUGACACAGGAUGUUCAACUCCAAAAGCAUCAGAAAAUGGAUUCAUCAGGAAUGAAAAACCGUGCUAUGAUGUUGGAGAAGAAGCAGAAGUGGUCUGCUUCAGUGGCUAUCAUCGCUCAGGAUAUCAGUUCGUUCGCUGCCUUCCAGACAAAACAUGGGUACAACAGACCAUUGAGUGCCAAUUGUUGGCUUGUGACAGACCAUCAGUUUCAGUUGCUGUCCAUAUGACCCCGUUUAAAAUUCAGUAUGAUGUUGGGGACAAGAUCCAUCUGAGCUGUCCUGAAGGUUACAGCCUUACAGGCCCAGGGACUUACAAAUGUGGGGACAAAUUCUCCUGGAUCCCUCCUAUUCUGAGCUCACUUGAUUGCAAGAAACGUAUGUAACCACAACACCAGUUUAUCAAAGGUAAUUGCAGCCUUGGGAAAAAAGAGGUGGAUUCUCAAUGUGUCUGCAUUUCCCCAGAGGAGGACUGCA